UGCCCAGUUAAUGUCCACCGGGCACGCGAUAAAUCCGCCCUCGAACGCUUUAAUAACCGUGUCGUGUUUGUGUGUGCGUAUACGUGAGCAUGUGGUAACACGCGAGUGUCUUCCCGUCGCGAAAUUCAUUAUUCGGUUCGCGUUCCGUGACCUCGUUCCUCGAUCGUAAAUAUCGUCUAGAACCCCCUCGAACCUCGAAUCUUCCUUCGCCCGUGUCGGUCGACCGAUGGAAGUCUUAACGAACUGUUCAAAGACUUGAAAUUUGUAAAGUACGAUGUUCUUUUCACAGCGGAAAUAUUAGAUCUUUUUGUCGAAGUGGAUCGAUGGAGGAUGGGCAAGAACGUGUUCUCAGAUUCUUCUUUUCUCUACGCACGGAGGCGAUCGCUCGCACAGGUGGCAGGGAUCCUCGCGUGGAGCUCGGUUCUCGUUUCACGGAUUCUCGAUCCGGAGAUCAUUAAUCACGUCGGUUCUCCCCCCGGACGAGCUGAAAUCUCUUGGCUCGCGACGCAAAAGACUGCGAAACGCAGCUAGAGGAAACCCGGUCGCGAGUGGGUUUCGCGGACACUUAACAGGGACGAUGGUGGGCCGAUGCUUUUUACGCGGACGCGAUCGCAUAUUUCAUGUCACUUCGACUCGAUCGCUUUUUCGUUUUUUUUUUUAUUCCUCUGUCAGCUCCGCUCUGUUUCUAUAUGUCGAAUAUACUUAUAGGGUGAGAUAAAAGUAACGCAACUGGAAAUAUUGUAUAGACAAUGCUGCGUAUCGUGGUUCAUUAUGCAUCGAGAAGUUAGUCUUUGAACAGAUUUAUGUACCAAAUUCUUGGCUGAUUCUAAAGGCAAAUCCGCCAGAGGUGAGGGCAAGAAAUUAGGUAAUGUUUUGGAGAAUAACGAAUUUAGCGAUACGUAUGAACAUGGAGGAAUAGUUGGAUGGUAAAAAUAUCAAAGGGGAAGAACUAGUUAUACUAAAAUCAUCGAUGGUAAAUUGUGCAUUGAGUUUGUUUAUUAGUCGACUGAUAAGCAACUUGAAAAAAAUGAUAAUUCAAUUUCGUCGUUCGUAUAAUUUGGCAAACAGGAUAAUUGCUUCUAUGAGACAUAAAACAAAAAUUCCCUGCAACGACUAUCUCUUAAAUCGUUUAACAAGGACAGAUACCAUAAACUUCUUUUACCAUUCCUGAUAGUUUCAUUGUUAAUCAUUUUAAAGCUGUGUUACUUUCGCGUCACUCUGUAUACGUACAUCGUUCGAGCAUGGAAAAUACACACAGAAGCGUACGCAGUUGUAAUUGCCGCGUUCGGUGUUCGGUGUUCUUAUCUGGACGGUGUGUCCGCGGCGAGUCGCGUCGGGGCCGUGUCGCCUUGGACUCGGCGUGUCCGAUUGACCGCGUGUGAGAACACGAUAUCGCACGAAUGAGUUAUGAUCCUUAUUCGAGGAUUUGCAUACCGAUUCAUUAUGCGCCGGUAGAAGUCAAAAUUGGAACGCGACGUGGCGCAACGGCCGCGCGAUCGCGCCACCUCAAGGCUCGCGGAACGCGACCGAACGAUAAAUCAAACACCUUCCUCCCCAUGGCCCGAUUUUUUAUUUUUGCAUCGAUCGGUCACCGCACGUACCAUCGUCCCUCCUUCUAUAAUAUCGCUGCUGCGUAUAAUAUCAGGAUACAUAAUCAAACGAGGUAAAAGGUAAGCGCUGCAGAGAAAAGACUAAGAAGGAAAGAGUAGGCAUGGCGAGACGAGUGUAACGGACUUUUCGAAAACGUCCUUCGGCGGUUUGCCGCGCGGCAGGUUAUUAUCACGAGUGUGCCUACAAACACGGCCGGCGAAGGCCGUGCGCACAGAUGUUCUAAAUUGCGCGCAAACAAAUCACUUUGGUACCAUCGACGCACGCAAAUACAGUUGUGCAAUGACUCGGCCUGUUAGGUAAUUCGAUUUAUGUAACGGUGCCGCGGCUAUUGUUCACGCGUGUCGCUAUUUCGCGCGUGAUCCGUUCGACAGCCGCUCAGGAGAAAGAGUACUUAUCUUCUGGUAUUACGUUAUACUCGGUUCUUGCCUAGCUGUUACCGCGAGAAAUACGUAUAACGAAGGAGAGAUAUUUAUUUCCGUUGCACACGUCGCACGGGGUAUCGAUUCAAUUAAUUUCGCGGUCCUCCCUGGGUAGAACAGAGGUAAAAUAAAAAGAAGAACGAAGCGAGAGCGUCUCAGCUUCUCUCUCGAGAAACGAGACGCGGAGAAACGGAUGAACGGAUUGUCCGAGAUAAGAAGAGAUGACAGGUAAUUCGGCCGAUGGAAACGAGACAGCCGGUUACGGUGCCCUGAACGCGAGCCGAUCGCCCUCUCCGCGCGUCUUAAUCCUUCUUGCGUUCGAUUUGCCCGCUUUUAUCGAUCCUUCGCCGCGAUAAGGCCGACCGGAUCUGUCGGAGCUGACGGAUUUUUCGCCACGACUAAUUGGCCGAUGCAGAUGUUUCCGAAACUUGUUCGAAAAUCGUAUACAUUAUACCGGAACGAUAGUCACGAUAUAUCGUCCUCGUAUAACACCGUCUGAUCGGCUUGGAAUCGGUUUCAAGUCGGUUUCGAGCAUUUUCACCAGGCACCUGUAACCGAACCAAACUCGUCCGAUCAAUGAACAGAAAACAGAGGUCGAUACGCGUUCUGCUCUCCGGGCUUUACCCCACUUUCAUCCCUAGAACAGAAGUUCUAGAAGGUUGGCAAGUCGAUGGGCGGAGGGAGGAGAGCGAGAUAAUACUCGCGCGACUGCCUUAAAGCGUGCGUACUCGCGGCUUAAACAGCAACAGCAGCAUCAGCAGCACCGGCAGCACCAGCAACGAAGUACACCCCUCCACCAGGUCCCGCAGGCCGUUUCUUCUCCUCUCGUCUCUUCUCUCUGGUCACUCUCUUCUCUUACCUCGCUAGUGGUUAGUCUUGGCUCCCUCUUUUCUCCCUCUAGCCUUCUCGCUCUCUCCUGUCCACGUACCUUGUCUCUAGCGCUCUCUCCUUCUCCCUCCGCUCUCCCUCCCCCCAUCUCACCUGGUUCAACCUGCGAGCCGCGUCUCGGCCCUCUUUCUCCGUCGCUCCGUCACCAUCUCGGUUCCGCCACGGCUUCUCCCCGAGUCUCUUUAGUUUUGUGCGCUACCUGCCUGCCUUGUGGCUCGCUCGUAUCGUAUCGUAUCGUAUGUAAGUGAGGCGAGGUGCCGUUGGCGGGAUGAGGCGAGGCUAGCCUGAUGCUGGUCUAUACCUGUGUGUGCCGCGGUAUGGCGUUGUCUCCUCGCGUGUAGCCGCACACACUGCCCUCUUUCUCUCUUUUGCUUUCUUCCUCUCUCUUCUGUUGCCUUCCCUUCUCCCUUUCGCUUGCUCGCGUGCGCCUGUACGCGAACGCAGGUACGCACCGGCGCAGGUACGCAGCCACGACGACGGCCACGCACACCGGUGCCACGGUGCGAGCCAGAGCGAGAGGCCAAACACGCGAGAGCAAAGACACGCACCACAGAGGAGACGUUCCGUUCUGUUCGCGGCGCGCGUACCUACAUACCGGUAUGUACGUAUGUAUGCACGUACUUAAGUCCCACUAUGCAUGUAGGUAAUGCGAAUCGACGAAUACACGUCCGAUACGGUCCCGUCCGCGUGUAUAUACGUACAGCGAAAGCACGUUAGCCGUGGCGCGCGCGAGAGAGAGCUCACCGAUUCCACCGCGAGAGAGUACGCUUCGGGCCUUGUCUGUGUAUGGAGUCGAGGCACGCGAUUGUGUGUGGCCGGUGCACAAGAGCGUGCUAGCUCCCCUCCCUCCGGAGCCACACUCCACCUCCUCCUACCUCUCUCAGCCUCUACCUCCUUCUUCUACCUGCCGGCCCGGCCGACACACAUGUGUAUGUGUACCUUGGUCUUCAGUGUAAGAUCUGAACCAGCGGAGAACGCACGCUAUUGUUAUAUCAUUAUCAUUGUCAUCGUCCGUGGCGAUUCGCGCCCGUCCCCACCGUGUCUCGCGGACCGUGUUUUCGCCCGAGUGUCUCCGCGAAAACAGCCGGACCUCCCGAGGAAAUUCGACAGCCCGUUCGCCGCAACCUUGCAUUUUCCGGGUGCAAGCGAGCCCGCGGAAACCAGAGGAGAAACCGCGCGAUCAGGAGAGAUCGCGGUGCACGCGCCGCGCGACAGCCGGCGCAUCUCUCACGCGCGACAGCCACGCUGCACCUCACCGCUCCUCCCGAUCUGUGCACCGGGUCAAAGGAUGACGGGACAGACGGCACCUUCGCCGCGCCCUCUGACAGCAAGCCGCGCACGGGGCGGCCCGCCCGUCUGAACACGUGGGAAAUCGCUGCCACCGACACAACUCGCCUCCUCUGCUUCCUACUUUGCCGCCCUUUUUCGGCGCGCCGCGUGACCAACUUUCACGAUCCACCUGUUCGAAAGUUCCGAUUUUCCUAGUGCUUGCUUACCUUCGAUCGUUUAGUGUCACGCGUUCAACCACGAAACUUACGAUCGAUACUCGAUCGAUCGCGGUCGGAGUAACGUCGUCGAGGAGUCGUCGAUUGGAUUGUGAUUAAAAGAAAAACGUUUGGCUCGAUAAAAGAGCAAAAGUGCGAGUAUAAAUCGACGAGAAAAGCUCGGUCGAUUCGUUUCCUGCUAACUCCCGUCCCCGUCCCCGUUGCUAGCCGAUUUCUCCGUCCGGGACACAGAGAAAGAAGACGUCGACUGGUCGAUUAGAAUCGAGGGGACCCGAUGACGGGGAGGAAGAGAAGGAGGUCUCGGGACUCGACGAACGAGAUGGGCAGGAUUGAUCGGAAAGAGGCUAUGCUUGACGCCUAAUUAAAUCGAUUAGACUUUGGGGUUAAUUGUUCUGGAACGUGAGUUCCCUUGCACGCGUCUGUCGCCGCUACCGUUAUCGUCGUCGUCCUCGUUAUUCCGUGCUUUCAAGUGGUGGAUCGUGUGUACGCGAGACGAACGAUCGGUUCGGCCAUUCGGUGGACGAGAGGGAGAAAUCGACGCGUCGCCGAUCGUAUCGAAACUAUUACGGAUCAGAUCGGUCGGCCAGUGAGUCUAGGAAGAAAUUUCGGUGCUAAGUGACGAUUCGUGUUCGACCACGCCGUAUAUUUGGCAUUCGUAUCGGCCGAACCGCCGGUGUCACUGCUUUUUCACCAGCGUACUCUCCCCCGUUUCUUCUCUUCUUUUUUUCCCGCUCUUCUGCUUCGUUCGUUUUUUUAACGUUGUUGCCCUCCCAAUUCCGGUUCUUUUUUUACUCUCGUUUCCCCAGGCAGUUUACUCUCGUUUCUAAUCGUUCCUUUUCUACGAGCCUGUCCCGAUCGGAUUGAACCGUCCACGACACCGGUUGUCAUCGGCAUGUGAGUCAAAGUGAACAACAGCGUGAACAACGACUGGUGUCCAUUGUUGCAUUCCGUGGUCAGUGCUCUGUGUCUUGCUAUCCUUUCUCGUUGACAAACAGCACGGGUCUUCGUGGCUGUAAUCGUGGUUGGCCCGAGUGACAGGCCUGCGUAGACCGGCUUCCAAGAGCCGCUAGAACGCCGCGGCUUCGACCUCGAUGAUUACUCAAUUAGUUCAAAACUCGUGCUCCCAUAGUGUAAACUGUGAAACGAUUCGACUAGGUUCCAGAGUGACUGGGUGAUCGCGUCAGUGUGAACGGGAUAGUUCCUUGGAAGCGAAGUUUCGUGUGUCAUUCGUUGCUAAAUAUCGUGAUCCGACCUGGGAAAUCCGAUUAUGCGGACAAACAGUCGCGGUGAUCGAUGAUCCACGCGAUCCUCGACGCUUCUCACUCGCGGAAGCAGCCAGUUGGAACCGACGAACGGUGUGCUUCCUGAUGUUCGCCGUAAUUGUUCGACGGUGGAUGGGGUCGUCACGGCCAUAAAGCCGAUCAGCUGGAAGGAGAUUCGAAGCCGGUGAGUCGAGCACCAGCACCUGCUUAUUGCGCUUGUUCAUUCAGGAUGGGCCUGCGUCGAGGCGCCGAGCUCUCUAUUCACCUUGAAAAGGCGCGAACGCGUCCCUCGAUCCGUGUAAAUGCCGUCGUAUCGCGAUAAACCGAAUGAAUCAGGAUUCUUUGUAACUUGGAGUGGAAAAAUUCCCUUCGAUCGAAGCUAUCCACUAAAAAAUCCUCCGUUAAAUCAUUCGUUCUUUUACAAAAUCGAUAAUUAAAUAUUCGAGUGGAUAGCUCCGCCUAUUCUGACAAAUCGAGAUUUUACACAUUUUUAUUUCCAUUUUUUAUCUUAUGCUUGUACUAUUUCUCGAGUCGUGGUCGCGUUUCCGCGACAACGCGGAACGGCAUCACGCGUUUGAUCUAGCUCGAUCCUAUUCGUAACUAUUCAUAUUACAAAUCCAUUUUAAGCGGAAGUUCGGAUGGCGAACUGUGUGGUGAUUUUUCCACUUGAUAUGCUCGCUCUAUGUCUACAUUGGCAAAAGGUGAACCGCUGUGAAAAAUGGACGAGGUCGCUUGCGGCCGCGUACGAACAUGGCGGGGCACGCGCGGACAAUUACAGCCGGCCGGACACGAUUUUACAAUAACUCAAUUCAUUUCCGAGCGUACGUAAGAACGGGCUGACAAAAAAGCGCGGCUGGAUAUAGUUAUUGCGGCUGUGGUGCACACGUGAACAGGUCAGUCCGGUCGAGCUGCGGAACGACGCCGGGAGGGGGGAGAGGACAGGGAUCGAGACAAGGGGACAGAAGGAAAGGUAAAAACGUAGACGGAGAGCGACCAGUGGAAUCAGGUGGAAAUGAAAGAGAGCAGGAUAGAUACAGAAAGAAUUCUCUUGCGAGUACCACGAGCAACCUGAGCGACAAAGAUCACUGUAAAGUCGGUUAAAAAGAGAUAAUACAGAGAAUGAAAGGAGACCGCUGAAGAUGACGACAAGGAACGACGAGACGUUCGAGUGAGAUUUUCUAUAAACGUAGAAUACGUAUUGAUGCGAACGUGACAGUCGCAGAUCGUUUAGAAAUGUGCUUCUUUGAUACAUCGGAGCACAGUACAAUUUCGUUUGUAUGAAUUUCAUUUACCGGAACGAAAUCUUACUUAGCGUCUAACUGCUACCGUUUGAAACUACUUAUCUGAACGCGAGCUUCUAUUAUGUGAACGAAUCCUAUUAUAUUCUCCUAUUAUACGAACUGCGACAAUUAUAGAAAUUAUUUUAAACUCUCUCUAAAGAUUCUUAUAAAUAAAAUUCUACUAUACAAACAUCUUGUAGCGAUAUGUCAUUUCUGUGCGUAACACUGUGUCCAACUGAAAAUGUCUAUAUAUGUAGAUGCGUAUGUAUGUACGUUUAACGCUUAUAGGAAAUCCUACUUUUAGAAUAAUCCCACAGUGCAGCGCAGUGUGUUUGCAAAAGAGUCGAUAUCUAAUCGGCAAAAUGCUCGUCGAAAAGUAAACCCGAGAAACAGGGUGGAGCACAGGCAUGCACCUCUCGUCUCGUUUCGUCGUCUCAACGUUUUCGUUGGCGCGCUCGCUGUACUCCCAAGCGUAUGGGACAGUACUACGCACGAGACAGAUCCUCUUCGCGGGAAUACCUGACAGUACUUGCUUCGUUCCUUUCGUUUGUUUCGUUCGGUGGUUGGUUCGGUUGGUUCGGUGGACCCGGUUCGCGCGUCUACGUUUACAUACUCGCGCCGUCGUCGCGUACGCGCGCAGCGUACUGCGCUCUCACACGCACGCGCACGCACACCAUAUUCCGUGUACACCAGUUCACUGGUAUUGUAUAAUGCAGCCAUUGAUAGCCGUCCUCUCUUUCACGCACGCGAUCUGUUGCAGUCGCUGCAACCCGUGUCCGGUGACAGCGUCCAGUGUCCAGUCUCCCUCCCGACUGAGGAUGUCCUCAAAGAGGAAGUCACCACCAACGAAGCUAUCGGAGGGCGGGGGCGGUACGGGUACAGUGGCAGGCGCCAACGAGGAGGAAGAGGAUACGACCUCGUCGGUGACCGGUGGUCCCGGUGGCGAGGUAGCCGUCGGUGAAGAAGGUCCUACCACCCCCGUCGAUAUCGAGGAGUGUUACCCUCAUCAGAGGGGAGGUGACUGCGAGUCGUCCGGCUGUUCGUCGCCGGCGACUACCAGCGAGCCGGAUCUCCGAGAUUCGCCCUCGCCGUCGUCGAAUUCCCUGCAAAGUAAACGACAAAGGAUCGUUUUAUCCAGCCAGGAGACUCUAGCCUCCUACCAUUAUCCUCACCACCAUCACCAUCACCAUCAUCAUCAUCACCAUCACCACACGAACACAUCAUCGUCGUCGGGUGGUGUCGUGGAACCGGCCAGCUCCUCGGAGUGUGGCUCGCCGCCAACCCCCUUAACCGUCGACCCCUAUUACCCGAGCCAUCCUCACCACAACAACAACAACAAUACCGUCACGCAGAAUAAUAACAAUAACAACGGCGGUAACGCAACAACUGUUACGAGUAAGAGAUCCAUGGACGACGUUCUCAAGAGGUUAACCUGUAAAAUGAACAGCGAGUCGCUGUCGUUGCAGGACGAUACCAGUAAUAACAGGCGGAACAGUCCGCCACCCUCCUCUACGCCGACCGGACACAACGCGCACUGCGGAGGCGUCGCCAGCGUGGCGAACAGCGUGCCACCCUCACCCCCGGCCUCUGGCAGGAUGCAGAACACGGAAAGUCAGGUCCAGCAGGAUAGCGCGUCAGCGUUCCUCUUCACGGAAAGCUUCGCAGAGAAGGAGCGCAGGCUCUCCGAGAUGAUCCUACAGCUGCAGCUGCUCAGGGAACAAUUGCUGCAACAGCAAGAUCAGUCGAAGUCGUAUCCUGCGCACAUGACCGUCGACUCGCAGAAGCAAAUCGAGAUACAACGGAUGCAAACGGAGCACUUGAAGCGGCAGCAAGAGCACAUCAUGCAGCACAACAUCCAGGAGCUACAGGCUCAGAUGACAAAGAGCCAGCUGAGCAUGUCGGGGCCGCAAUCCUUGAUGUUCCUACCGUUUCUCGAACAGCUCAGAGGGUUGCCGGUGCAAUCGCCUAUGCCGCCACCGCCGGCUACGUCGACAUCAACCACCACCAACAAACAUAUCAAUUCGAUCGCUAACAUGAUCAGCAGUCACCGGGAAGGACCGAGCUGGGCGACGGCGCAUCUCGCGCAAAUGACCACGCAGAUGGAGAAGGAAGCGUCGCCGACGCCGAUCUCGUCCGCCGUAGCACCAACCGCACCUCCUCUGCAGGAUCUCGACGCACCUCUCAACCUCACCAAGCCGAAAUCCUCGUCGUCGGGAGCCACGGCAUCUUCCUCGUCACCUGGUAGCGACUCGCACUCGACAGGGGCCGGAAGUAGCGGUCAACAGGAGCAACCAGUCGCGGCGACCGCGCCGAAACUCUUUCCGCCUGGUCUACCGAUGCCACGGAAUUAUCUCACAACCCUUCCUUAUGCAGGUCUGCCACCUCAUCUGAGCACCCUCUCCUCGCCAAUGGGCAAGGUAAUGGCCAAAGACGAAGCGGCUGGACCAGGAGGUGCCGUGACUGCCGCCGCGGUUGCCGCCGUCGAAAAGCAUUUCGCUAUGCGUGGCAUUUACGGGAUACCACCGAGUGCUGGUGCAAUGCCUCCGUCGCCGCAGACUCAACGACCGAUCAAGCACUCCGGUUCCCGGGAGGAGGCUGCGCAGGAGGAACAGGAUUAUCUGUCCACGCCCCACAUGUGGCGGGAGCCGGGUUACAAGGUACCGGAAGACAUAACGGAAAAAGCUAAAAUGGUGAGACAGCAGAAGAGGGAGGGUGAGAACAAGCCACAUAUCAAGCGGCCUAUGAACGCGUUCAUGGUGUGGGCCAAGGACGAGCGUAGGAAAAUUUUGAAAGCCUGCCCGGACAUGCAUAAUUCCAACAUAUCGAAAAUACUCGGUGCUCGAUGGAAAGCGAUGUCGAACUCUGAGAAACAACCAUAUUACGAGGAACAAUCACGGCUGUCGAAGUUGCACAUGGAGAAACACCCCGACUACAGGUACAGGCCGCGACCAAAGCGCACCUGCAUCGUUGAUGGGAAGAAGAUGCGCAUAUCCGAGUAUAAGUCGCUGAUGCGGCAACGACGGCAGGAAAUGAGGCAGCUCUGGUGUCGUGACAGCGGGCCAGAGAUGAGCUUCCUGUCUCCGGUGGGCUCGGACCUUAGCACGCAACAUCAUCCGGGAACGGGGGCGGCCGGACCAUCGGCAAGGCCUAGCGUGUCGCCGCCGGCUACCAUGUUGAACGGCGGUGCGGCUGGUCCCAGUUCCGAUCAUCCAUCGUUCUACUAUACGCAAGACAGUUUAUCGCCGUCGGAUAUGAUGAACUUCUCGCCGGAGAACUCGGGCUCGAUCGGUGGCUACGACGCCAGUCCGCGACAUCACGACGAAGAUUGAACCGCAGCUCCGGGUCAGCCGCCAUGGCCGCCCGGAGCAUCAUCUUCAGCAGCAGCAGCAGCAGCAGCAGCAGCGUCAACGUCGAGACUCGGCCACGAGUUGUUCUGGUAAAACUUCUGGUGGUUCGCGUGAAAGGAAUAUAUACGCAUGAACGCGUGUAUCGUCGCGUGAACAGGAACGUGGGAACGAUAUAUGUAGUCGAUUGUCGGGGGAUAGAAAAACGUUCUCGAAGAGUGACUGAGCGUUUCGAAGCCUCGCUCGAGAGGUUGUGAUAUAUAACGAUUCUGUGCCAUCGUACGACGCGUGGAGGCCCUCCCGCGGAUUCGAGCGGCGAUGUGUCCUGCUUCCUUGGAUCCGCCGUCGUCGCGUCAUCGUAUCGCCCAAUACGUCGCGCGAUUCGUUAUGAGAUACGUUGCUCGUGCACACAUGGCUGAAAGAUCGUGCGUAACUCGGACAUAUGCAUCACGACUCGAAUCUUUGGGACAGAGUGUCAUGAUGUAGAGUCACGUGACCGAUAUCGGCCAACCAACCCUUUCUCGCUAUGCGCUACGUAUACAUGUACGUCGAACGAUUCACGGGACACCGGUGAACGUGAGCUCGACGUGGAUAACGGCAUCGUGCGGAGCUCUGAUGGUUUCCUGCUUGCUUAUGCUAUUACUAAGAGGAAUGGGGUGGGGAAAGCAGGCGCGACGGUUGAUCCAUGCCGACGGGACAAUGAACACGACGGCGGCACGAGAGUUUACCAAUGGUAUAUUCCGUUGGUGUAAUCAAAACCGCGACCAAGGCGGCGCAAAUCUGCGAACGAUAAGGUCUAAUCGUCGUUAGGUAACGUUCUAGGUAACGAGAUAUGCGCGUGAGUAGAAUUCUCGAUCAGGUAACGAACGUCGAUUCGCGUGUCAACGUAUGUCGGUAUCCAUCUCGCGGGUGUUUUCCGUACGCGGGAGCGCAGAGUAACAUGAACGCUAGAAUUAUACAUAAAAAAUAAAUGAGGUAAAUAAAUACAAAUAUAAAACGAUAUAUAUAUACACACACAUUUUAUAUAUAUAUAUAUAUAUACACACAUACCUGAUUUUUCGUAAGACUGCCAUGUGUCACAUGUGUGCGCGCGCGCCAGAAGGAUCGAUCCGAUGCACUCUCCCGCCGAUGCUCGAUCGAAUUCGUUUCUAUCGUGUUUCGUAUGAGCCGCGUUUCAACACACCGCGAGACGAUCGCGACACGUAUUUCUGUGUGUACGUGCGUGAGUGUGUGUACGAAAAUACGAUGAGCGGCCAAAAAAGUCUUGUUCCUAUUCCUUCUAGUGUGUGUGUGUGUGUGUGUGUGUCUGUCUGUCUGUCUGUCUGUCUGCGUGUGUAUGCGCGUGUGCGUGUGCGUGCGCGUCUAUAGCGAUACGCCAUUCCGGUCGGCCGUGUCAAUACGUGAGAAACGAAGAUAAAUAGAAACGACAGAAAUAAAAAUGAACAAAAGAUAAAAUGUAAGAAAUUGAACGUAAAAAAGAGAAGUAAAAAAGAAAGAGAAAAAAGAAAAAGCUGUGGUCCGUUAGUAUCCUGCAGCAUCACGCGUUUUCCGAGUAUACGCGGCAACACGCGUUAUUAGAUCGUAUAGUUAUCCCACGUUCACGGCGGACGGUCCUUUUUUUCAUAUUCACAUGCAAUCACUGAUAUCCGGUGUAUCGCACGAGGACCGGGACAGAGGACGAGAAGAAAAUGUGGAAUUCCACAUUCCGUCACGCGAUAUGAACCCGCUCGAGUCACAGGGGUGUGUGGCCACUUCGUUUCGCGUCUAAAAACACACUUAUAGUACUUAUAGUAUUUUUCGCGAUUAAUUUAUGGACCUAACGUUAAGCGGAGAUAGCGUUAAGCGGAGGCAAGAUGAAGAGAAUUUUUUUUUCUAAAUAAAAAAAAAAACAAAAUCUAAGGAGAAGUAAUCGAAGUGUAUUAUUAGAAGGAAAGGAAGUGUGUAUGUAUAGGAAGAAUGAAUAGAGAGAAAGUGAGAGAGGGACACGCGCGGCGUCAAUUUUAGUACAAUGUUAUUGCGUAAAAUUACGGACGGGGAAAUUAGCGUUAUUUAUUGUAAACGAUGUAAACGAACGAAUAAUCAAAUUCUAAUACGA